GGGGAUGCCCAGCUGGCUGGAGACGGGGUUCUCCGAGAUGCGACUGGAUAAGGACAAGUUUUCCGUAAACCUCGAUGUGAAGCAUUUCUCCCCUGAGGAGCUGCAAAUCAAGGUUCAGGGGGACAUGGUUGAGAUCCGCGGGAAACAUGAGGAGCGCCAGGAUGAGCACGGCUACAUCGCCAGGGAGUUCAACAGGAAAUACAGGGUCCCCUCUGAUGUGGAUCCUGACUCCAUCACCUCCUCCCUGUCCCUGGAUGGUGUCCUGACAGUGAAUGGACCACGGAGACCAACCGACCUUCCUGAACGUACCAUUCCCAUCAUCCGUGAGGACAAGUCUCCCACUUCGGGAGUCCAGAGGAAGUGAGCAGCCAUUGAAAACCAGCCCUGCCCAUUUGGGAAAACCUCUCCGUUGCAUGCGAGCAGUGUAUGCUGUCCUGAAUAGCCACACCUAUUUAUUUAUGCUGAGCAAAGCAAAAGGAGCCUAUUUACUAACAAAUAAAACAUGAAUAAGCA